GGGCGGCUCCAGCUGCCCCCAGAUGUGGGCUGGGCGGCGCGCGGGGAACUUUCGCGCCGGCUGCGAGUGCGGGGCCCCGGCUGCGGUCCGGCUGCCAUGGAUCCGCCGGCGGGAGCCGCUCGCCGCCUGCUCUGCCCCGCGCUGCUGCUGCUGCUACUGCUGCCGCUCCUGCUACCGCCGCUGCCCGCGGACGCCCGGCUCGCCGCCGCCGCCGCCGCCGCCGACCCCCCAGGCUGGCCCCAGGGGCACGGAGCGGAGCGCAUCCUGGCGGUGCCGGUGCGCACUGACGCUCAGGGCCUCUUGGUGUCCCACGUGGUGUCGGCGGCGACGGCGCAGGCUGGGGUACGGGCCCGCAGGGCCGCCCCUGUCCAGGUCCCGGGUUUCUCUGGAGGCAGCGAGGAGGACCCUGGCGGCCGCCUCUUCUACAAUGUCACGGUCUUCGGCCGAGACCUGCACCUGCGGCUGCGGCCCAAUGCCCGUCUCGUGGCGCCCGGGGCCACGGUGGAGUGGCAGGGCGAGUCGGGCGCCACCCGCGUGGAGCCCCUGCUUGGGACCUGCCUCUACGUCGGAGACGUGGCCGGCCUGGCUGAAGCCUCCUCUGUGGCGCUCAGCAACUGCGACGGGCUGGCUGGCCUGAUCCGUAUGGAGGAGGAGGAGUUCUUUAUCGAGCCCCUGGAGAAGGGUCUGGCAGCAAAUGAGGCUGAGCAGGGCCGUGUGCAUGUGGUGUAUCGCCAGCCGCCCACCUCCAGACCCCCUCCUCUGGGGGGGCCACAGGCCCUGGACACAGGGAUCUCCCCGGGAAGCCUGGACAGCCUCAGCCGUGCCCUGGGCAUCCUGGAGGAGCGAGUCAACAGCUCCAGGCGGAGGGUGCGCAGGCAUGCUGCCGACGACGACUACAACAUCGAGGUCCUGCUGGGGGUGGACGACUCUGUGGUCCAGUUCCACGGGAAGGAGCAUGUGCAGAAGUACCUGCUCACCCUCAUGAACAUUGUCAAUGAAAUUUAUCACGAUGAGUCCUUGGGGGCCCACAUCAAUGUUGUCCUGGUGCGGAUAAUCCUGCUGAGCUACGGGAAGUCCCUGAGCCUCAUUGAGAUUGGGAACCCCUCUCAGAGUCUGGAGAAUGUUUGCCGCUGGGCCUACCUCCAGCAGAAGCCAGACUCCGGCCACGAUGAGUACCACGAUCACGCCAUAUUCCUCACACGGCAGGACUUCGGGCCUUCAGGCAUGCAAGGCUAUGCUCCUGUCACUGGGAUGUGCCACCCUGUCCGCAGCUGCACCCUGAACCACGAGGACGGCUUCUCCUCAGCGUUCGUGGUGGCCCAUGAGACUGGCCACGUGCUGGGCAUGGAGCACGAUGGGCAGGGCAACCGCUGCGGUGAUGAGGUGCGCUUGGGCAGCAUCAUGGCUCCCCUGGUGCAGGCAGCCUUCCACCGGUUCCACUGGUCCCGCUGCAGCCAGCAGGAGCUGAGCCGCUACCUGCACUCCUAUGACUGCCUGCGGGAUGACCCCUUCACCCACGACUGGCCAGCGCUGCCCCAGCUCCCGGGGCUGCACUACUCCAUGAACGAACAGUGCCGCUUUGACUUCGGCCUUGGCUACAUGAUGUGUACCGCGUUCCGGACCUUUGACCCUUGCAAGCAGCUAUGGUGCAGCCACCCUGACAACCCUUACUUUUGCAAGACGAAGAAGGGACCUCCCCUGGAUGGGACCAUGUGUGCACCUGGCAAGCACUGCUUUAAAGGACACUGCAUCUGGCUGACACCUGACAUCCUCAAGCGAGAUGGCAACUGGGGCGCCUGGAGUCCCUUCGGCUCCUGCUCGCGUACCUGCGGCACAGGUGUGAAGUUCAGGACCCGUCAGUGCGACAACCCACACCCAGCCAAUGGGGGCCGCACUUGCUCAGGCCUUGCCUACGAUUUCCAGCUCUGCAACUCCCAGGACUGCCCUGACGCCCUGGCUGACUUCCGUGAGGAGCAGUGCCGGCAAUGGGACCUAUACUUCGAGCAUGGUGACGCCCAGCACCACUGGCUGCCCCACGAGCACCGAGAUGCCAAAGAGAGAUGCCACCUCUACUGUGAGUCCAAGGAGACUGGGGAGGUGGUAUCCAUGAAGCGCAUGGUGCAUGAUGGGACGCGCUGUUCUUACAAGGACGCCUUCAGCCUCUGCGUGCGCGGGGACUGCAGGAAGGUGGGCUGUGACGGGGUGAUCGGCUCCAGCAAGCAGGAGGACAAGUGUGGUGUGUGUGGAGGGGACAAUUCCCACUGCAAGGUGGUCAAGGGCACGUUCACACGCUCGCCCAAGAAGCUCGGUUACAUCAAGAUGUUUGAGAUCCCGGCAGGAGCCAGACACCUGCUUAUCCAGGAGGCAGACACCACCAGCCACCACCUGGCCAUCAAGAACCUGGAGACAGGCAAGUUCAUUUUAAAUGAAGAGAAUAACGUGGAUCCCAACUCCAAAUCCUUCAUUGCCAUGGGUGUGGAGUGGGAGUACCGGGAUGAGGAUGGCCGGGAGACGCUGCAGACCAUGGGCCCCCUCCACGGGACCAUCACUGUGCUGGUCAUCCCGCAGGGGGACGCCCGCAUCUCGCUGACCUACAAAUACAUGAUCCAUGAGGACUCGCUCAAUGUGGAUGACAACAAUGUCCUGGAGGACAAUUCCGUGGGCUACGAGUGGGCCCUGAAGAAGUGGUCUCCCUGCUCCAAGCCCUGCGGUGGAGGGUCCCAGUUCACCAAGUAUGGCUGCCGCCGGAGGCUGGACCACAAGAUGGUGCACCGAGGCUUCUGCGACUCCCUCUCGAAGCCUAAAGCCAUCCGCCGGGCUUGCAACCCGCAGGAGUGCUCCCAGCCCGUGUGGGUCACGGGCGAGUGGGAGGAAUGCAGUCAGAGCUGUGGGCGGACGGGCAUGCAGGUUCGCUCCGUGCGCUGCGUUCAGCCACUGCACAACAACACCACCCGCUCCGUGCACACCAAGCACUGCAAUGACGCCCGACCCGAGGGCCGCCGGGCCUGCAACCGUGAGCUCUGUCCCGGUCGGUGGCGGGCCGGACCCUGGUCCCAGUGUUCGGUAACCUGUGGCAACGGCACCCAGGAACGGCCAGUGCUCUGCCGAACCGCGGACGACAGCUUCGGGGUCUGCCGGGAGGAGCGGCCCGAGACGGCCAGGAUCUGCAGGGUUGGCCCCUGUCCCCGAAACAUCUCCGAUCCCUCCAAGAAGAGCUACGUAGUUCAGUGGCUGUCCCGACCGGACCCCAACUCACCAGUCCAGAAGACCUCGUCAAAGGGCCGCUGCCAAGGUGACAAGUCAAUGUUCUGUAGGAUGGAAGUCUUGUCUCGCUAUUGCUCCAUCCCAGGCUAUAAUAAGCUGUGCUGCAAAUCCUGUAACCUGCAAGACAACCUCACCAAUGUGGACGACAGGGCAGAACCACCCUCUGGGAAGCACAAUGACAUUGAAGAGCUCAUGCCCACCCUCCCAGUGCCCACUCUAGUCACGGAGGUGCAGCCUCCGCCAGGCACACCCCUGGAGGUGCCUCUCAAUACUUCCAGCACCAGUGCCACCGAGGACCAUCCGGAAACCAACGCUGUGGAUGUUCCCUACAAAAUCCAGGGCCUGGAGGAUGAAGUCCAGCCACUCAACCUAAUCCCUCGACGACCGAGCCCAUACGAAAAGACCAGGAACCAAAGAAUCCAAGAGCUCAUUGAUGAGAUGAGGAAGAAAGAGAUGCUCGGAAAGUUCUAA